UUUGUGUUUUGGUUCCAAGGGGGAAGUUGCGAGAAGAAAGGAAGAAAGGAGGAGACGUGAUCGGGGUUGUUGAAAUCGUGUGUCCGCGCAGCACUCUCGACUCGCCGCGGCGCCCCGGGUUUCGUGUGUGAACACUGCCGUGGUGGUAUUUAGAGUCCGAAGACACCCUGUCGCUCUCAGUUGAAGUCCUGAUUGUGAACUCUGACACACAGGACACCGGGGAUCAUGGCCAACCGGGGAGGAGCUACAAGGCCCAAUGGGCCCAACUCGGGGAACAAGAUCUGCCAAUUUAAAUUGGUUCUUUUAGGGGAAUCAGCCGUGGGCAAAUCCAGCCUGGUGCUCCGCUUUGUCAAGGGCCAAUUUCAUGAAUUUCAAGAGAGCACAAUCGGAGCGGCUUUUCUGACCCAGACGGUAUGUCUUGACGACACAACGGUGAAGUUUGAGAUCUGGGAUACUGCAGGCCAGGAACGUUACCACAGUUUGGCACCCAUGUACUACAGAGGAGCACAGGCCGCCAUUGUGGUCUAUGACAUCACAAAUGAGGAGUCCUUUGCACGAGCCAAAAACUGGGUGAAGGAGCUUCAAAGACAAGCAAGCCCCAACAUCGUCAUUGCUUUGUCAGGCAACAAGGCGGACCUCGCCAACAAGCGAGCUGUUGACUUCCAGGAUGCUCAGUCGUAUGCAGAUGACAACAGCUUACUCUUCAUGGAGACGUCAGCUAAGACAUCUAUGAAUGUGAAUGAGAUAUUCAUGGCUAUUGCAAAGAGAUUGCCCAAGAGUGAGCCCCAGGCUGCAGGAGCCAACAGUGGGCGGAACCGGGGUGUGGAUCUGACAGAAACCGCCCAGCCAACCAAGGCGCCGUGCUGCAGUAACUGAAAACAUGAAGAAGGCCUCUGACCCCCCCCCCGACCCCUCCCUGCAUCCUGUAUUGCAGUAACAAAUGCGACCGAUGCCCCAAAUGCCACUGCAAUUACUAAUGUGAUGUGUCGUACUCUCCACACUCUCCAAUCUGCAAAGCAAGAACAGAAGCCCCUCAGGCCCCUCUUCCUUUUUCCCUACUUUGGUCCUGCUGUAAAUAAUUGAGGCCUCCUAAUCCUUCCUGCUCCUCGUCUCUCCUCCAGCUUUUCCCAUCCAUUAUCAUUGUUAAUAGAUAAGAUUGAUAUUGAUUCCCCAUGUCUUUUCCCAUCAACCUCCCUAUGUGUUGGCUUGAGCUGAGAGGUGUCGCUCUUUCAAGCAGUCUCUUCUCUGUCCUGGGGUAGCUUAAGACUGCCACUGCUUUUCUAGUAGCAACCUUUUCUCUCUUUUUUCUUUAAAAAAAAAACAACAACUCAGAAUUAUGGACGCAUGUACAAGGCCUAAAAUGUAGAAAAAAAAUUGUUUAAACUGUUGUCUUUGGUAGCACAGAAAUAUCUAUUGGAGAAGAAGAGGACUUCAUUUCUGUACAUCGGUGAAAGAAAGGGAAGAUGAGGAAGUAGACAGAGAGAAAGAGGGGAAUCUCUAGUUCUGUAGUUCUCUAUGACUCAUUAGGGCCAUUUCAUCUGAAAGUUUAAAAAGACUGGCCUUGGGACUUCAGGCCUUCAGAUUCUCUCUCUCUCUCUCUCUCUCUCUCUCUCUCUCUCUCUCUCUCUCUCUCUCUCUCUCUCUCUCUCUCUCUCUCUCUGGCCCUCAUCCUCCUGCCCACCUCUUUCUUGCAAGAAAAAAGUACCCACGUGCUCUUGCCCACUUGACCUAAAGUAGCCCUCAUGUAAAUUUCUCUCGACUGCCCUCCCUCUUCUGCUCCAAGGCCCUGUCCCAAGGCCGUGUCUGCUUGUAGCUGUUCCUAGUGGCAUUGUGCAAUGUUUCACAGUAUUAACUCUGUGACUUCAGUGUUUGCAAGGACCAACGCAACACAAUGUUUAAGCCCCUGGCACUACCCAAAUUUCUCCACUAUAAGACACAGGGGCCUCAGAGACACACACACACACAAGUCAGUCUUGUGUCUGAUGCAAAGCCUCCCUGCAACCCCUUUAUGAAUUUUGUAUCGACCACGUCUUUGCUGUUGACUUUGGGCCAUUCUGCUUAUUGGUCCCUGUCUCAACUGAUUCUCAUAUUGUCUGCCUCUGGGUUAUUUGGUUUAUGCAGAAUGUGCCUUUCCAGGUGUGUCAAAGUUGCUUGAUGGCUGCUUUUUAUGUAACUGGUAAACAGCCAGGGUGAUGUUUAUGUUUGAGGAACUGCAGUACCUAAGAUCAGUUGAUGCCGGAGUAAGGAUAAUUUGUCAUCUCGCUUGUUAAGAAGUGCUUUAGACACUGCCUUGUGUCUUUGUGGUGAUGAAUUACAUCUAUGGGACUCACUCACACAUGCCCACAUGUGUGACGUGUGUGUGUGUGUGUGUGAGUGAGUGUGUGAGUGUGUGAAGUGAACACACGUUUGCACAUGCAGGCAGAAGCAAUUGAUUUCUCCCCAUUGGACCCUUCUAGUCUUGUACAUCAUUGUACAUAACAAGUGCACAACACACACAGACAUACACAUAAAGUACUAUCUGUUACACUACUUUCUCACACGCACACACUUAAUUUUCUUUCCAGCCCCACCACCUCACUGAAACAUUGUUAGACACACACACAUCUGGUCAACUCUUGACAGAUCUGUCUUACUCAUGCCUUGCACUAAUGACGCUCAUGAAUAUAUCUUGUCAUAAUUACAGCCAGUGUGAUAUAAAUAUAUAUAAAUAUAUAAAUAAUAUACUGUAAAUAGGGUGUUGCAAUGUAGUCUACUUUUUCGAUUUACAAUUGACAGGACUAAUGCUUGCUAGGGAGUUGUCUAGAUAAUCAUGAAAAAACUGUACAGUUAGCAGGAAAAAAAACAGCUUCGAUCUGCAUUUGGAGUUUUGUUGCUGUUCCUAUUUUCACACAAAUGGUUAAAUUAUAAUCAGUGGUGGUCUUUAUAAAUGUAUGUAGAGGUAUUAACAAAAAAAAAAGAAAUCAAAUUUAUUUAGUGGUCUGUCUUGUAUUUUUUUCCCUCAAAAGAAAAAAAAAAGAUAAUCAAAUAUUUUGGUUUCUCUUUUUUAACAUUAUCUCUUUCUUGGAGUUCACUAAUUCAUUUUUCUUUUGUUAUUUGUGGUAUCGGGCUAGGAUGCCUUGUCCAACAUUUCUCCCUGUGAGUAGAACUGAAUUUCCAGAGACAAUGGUCGUCACAGCUCCAGAAUAUAAAACAGUUUGAUUAACCACCGUCUGUCCCUCCCGUAACGUCUCAGUAACAUUAUGGGAGCCGCGUAGGAACAACGUAACAACCAUAAGCCACCCCGCUGGUGCAUCAUGAAUAAAUAAUUUAACGCAUAAUAGGGAUGAACGUUGUAAGUUUUUUGCUGUGGACACUUAAUUGCAGCUGAAACAUUUAAAUGCAAGCAUUUUACAGUACUGUUAUGAAAUGACCAAAUAAAUAAUGAAAUAAA